AUGCUUAUAAACAGAGCCCUAUUUGAGCGGUUUGACACCGAUGCUGACGGUAUUCUAUCUGUAGCCGAGCUCGCCAAGCUGAUUCAGCUCCUUCGAGCCACCUUCUUCUGCGCUUUCAACAGGAAUGAGAUGGCCGGCAUUCCACUCGUGGUGGAGUGCUAUUCGAGGCAAGGGACAGGGUUUAUUUUACAGAGCGCCGAAACCUACAGGAGAGAUUCUAUCUCGUACGGAAACAAGGGAACUGUCGGACAGCAGUCAGCCGAUUAA